GUAAAUAUGUAAAUUCCGUUUGGUUAAUAAUACAACAUUUUCAAGACACCUCUUUAUUCAUCAGGAUCAAUAAAAGAGUUCUUACUGCUUCAAGUAAAUUGAAUUAUUUUGGACGUACUAAUUUCUUAGACUUCGUAUUAAAUGAGUUAUCGAAGAACUACUUUAUUUGUAGCUGGCUUUGGGUCUCAAAUCAGAGCCAGAGACUUGGCAUACGAAUUUGAAAGAUACGGUCGGUUAAUUCGUUGUGACAUUCCUGCUCCAAGAAGUUAUCAAUCGAAACCUUAUGCUUUUGUUGAAUUUGAGGAUGAACGAGACGCCGAAGAUGCUUAUUAUGAGAUGCAUGGGCGUAGGGUAUAUGGACACGCUUUGAAUAUUCAGUGGGCAAAAAAUGCACCUUCUAGAUCUUGGCGGUAUGAAGGAAGUAGUCGAAGUUCACCGCGCCGAAGUCGUCGAUCUCCAACACCACCACGUUAUAGAAGACGUCGUUCUUAUUCACGUUCUCCAAGCCGUACUCGUUCUCGAUCUCGUGGUCGUAGCCGUUCUCCUCGUUCCGACCGUCGUAGUCGCACGAGAUCUAGAACUCCUGAAAGAGACAGAACAAACGGUGAAGAUCGUACAGCUGAUGAUAGAAGGUCUAGAUCAAUAUCGCCUCCCAGAGAAGAUACUAAACGUCGUGACUCUCGUUCAGCUUCUCCUCGACCUCGUGAAGAAGCUAGGGAUAGAUCUCCAACCCCCAAUGGUCGUACUGCCACUUCUCGUUCUCAGUCAAGGAGUAGUCCACACCAUUCUCAGUCUAGUAGAAGUCCCCCACGGGAUUGAAUUACUAUUCAACAACAGAGACCUACCUUCAAUACAACGAAGAAUUGAGUGAAUUUAUACAGACUUCUUGCCAUGUAAAAUCUUCUUAAUAUUCUCUAUAUUUACAUUAUAGCUUUUGAUUUGCGGAUGAUUUGAAUAGUACAUGUAUUCUGUUCAUUAUCUUUUUAUUUUUUUUUUUUUU